AUGACUUCAUUUGAACCUAUUGUGAUCGUUUUUGGUUCCAGCAAAAGUAUUUCAAAUGUUAAUCUACGAUUUCCAAUUUCUUUCGAACUUGCUAUUGAUGAAGCAUCACUCGAACGUAUAAUCACUGUCGACCCUCAAUCUUGCGAUACAUGUUUACAUCGAUAUUUUGUCAUUCUCCUUGAUCUAAUUACUGAUGAAUUUUUUGAUCGUCUUCAAACCAAUCAUCAUGUUCAAGCAAUUUACAGUCAAAACGAUUUCGUCAACGCUUCUGAACGACAUAAGUUACGUCGUAUUAUAAAUAAACAAUGGCAACAACUUUCACUAGAUUUAACAUCAGAUAUCGUAUAUUUUCUCACGGUUGAGGGUGAAAAACAAGCAAAAUUAGAACAAAUACUGUUGGCCCAAGUCUAUUAUCGUCAAGCACGACUGUUGAAAGAAUGGGCCAUGUCAUUUAUCAAAGCUGAACCAUGUCAUAUUCUGCUCAUUCCACUGAAUAGCAGUCAAGAAAAUUUAGACAACACCUAUGAAGAAAUACAAAAAAUCUGUACUAAACUCGGUUAUCUAUCAAUCAUCAUUCGAACAUUAGAUAAAUAUAUUCCUAUAGAUAGUGUAGAAAACCCACAUCUGAUACCUUAUAAUUCGGCUUUGUUUAAUAAUGAACAUCCACAAUAUAUCUGUAAAUUAAUUAAAAAAUUAUCACCAUUAAGAUUCUAUUUAUAUGGUAAUGAUUAUUUGAUUUCAAGUGAAUGGAGUAAUUUGAUGAUUACUCGAGAAAUUCAUGUAAUGGAAGAUGAAGACAAUUGGUGUGCCUUUCUUGAAAAUGAACCUAUUGAUAAUGAAAUAAAAUGGAAUUUUAAAUCUAUGUUCGGAGAAAAAUGGAAAGUAAAUCAUGUAGCACCAAUUAAUCUAAGUGAUUUAAAUAAAAAUCUUCGAUUUCAAUCAGCACUUCGACGAGCUUUUAAAACAUUUAAUCAACGUCAAAUUGAAGUAACUGCAGAAAUUUUUGAAUGGUAUGAUCAAUGUAUUCGAAAUGGUUAUCUUCAAUUAGAACCUAAACUAACUAGUCAAGAAGAAGAAAAAAUCAUAAAAACAAAGAGUGAAACAAAUACAAUAGUAGAUCGGCAUGCUGUGCAAACUACUCUAUCUAUCUAUCCACUUCGUCCGUUAGUAAGAAAAAAAGUAGUUUCAUUUAUUUGGCUUGAUGAAUCCAUAGAUUAUUCUCAAGAAUAUCUGAAUCGAAUAAUUCAACCAUCGACAUGGCAUUUUUUUGAUAAUAUAUCAACUUGUAUACUAUAUAUUGAAGACCAAUUACAAGAAAAAAAACAAAUAUUUCUUGUUGUUUCGGAUCUAAUUGGUCAAAAAUUAUUUCUUACAUAUUUUCGUUUAAUGUCAUUAAUUUCAUUUAUAUAUAUUUAUUGUUCUCGACUUAGUUUAAAUAUUGAUUGGAUAAAAGAUUAUUCUCAAAUUCAAGGGAUUUAUAAUGAUUCGAUAAAACUUGGUGAACAAAUAAAACAAGAUUUACAUCAAAGUUCUCAAUCUGACUAUAUCAAUAAUAAUUAUCUGUAUUCCAAUUCGACUACAAAUCAGCUUGAUUUACAAACAUAUAAUGAAACAACGACAACCUCAUUCCCAUGGAUUGUCUAUAAUCAAGAGCAAGCUCAUGUGUUUUUAGCUCAUCAACACACAAUUGAUACUCUUCUAUCUAUGCCACAUACAAAAGAAUCAUGUGAUGAAAUGAUUGUUGAAUGUCGUCGAUUCUAUCAUGAUAAUGUACCAGCUCUAACUGAAAUUAAUACAUUCAAUCAAAGUUACAACUCAAAUAUUGCUCUUCAAUGGUAUUCACGUAGUGGAUUUCUUUAUCGAAGAAUCAAUCAAGUACUUCGAUCAAAUAAUAUCGAUGGAAUGUUUAAAAUAAGAUAUUUUCUUAAAGAUCUCUAUACACAACUCAAUGAAUUAUACAGACAAGAAAAAUUAUGUAAUUCACAUCAACAACAAGAUAUAAUAAUGGUUUAUCGUGGUCAACAUAUGUCCAAAGCAGAAUUUGAAUAUUUUCAAAAGAUUCAAGGUAAUAUUAUAUCAAUCAAUACGUUUUUAUCAACAACGAAAUCAUUUCAAACUGCACUUGACUUUGCAAAUUCAUCCAUGGCGAACAAUGAUAUGAUUCCAAUAAUGUUCUUCAUCAAAAUACAUCAGUUUUGUGAAUACGUUCGACCUGUUGCUAAUAUUUCCAAAUUUUCGGUCUUUCCAGACGAAGAAGAAGUUCUAUUUGCUAUGGGCAGUAUCUUUCGUGUUGAGAAUAUUGAUAUGUUAAAUACAAUAGAUAAUAUUCCUAUUAUAUAUUUAACAUUGAUGGAUAUAAAAGAAUUGAUGAAUAAUAAUUCUUAA